AUGAGAAGACAGCAGAAAGCGAGUCCAGAGGCUGCGCUGCCCUACGCCAUCAUUACUGGCGGAUCCGAAGGCAUUGGUGCGGCCUUUGCCCACGAGUUGGCAUCACGUGCAACACACAACAUCAUCCUCGUCGCGCGCAACGUCAAGAAGCUCGAUGACGCCCAGAAGGACAUCGAGCAGCGCGUGUCCACCGCCAAGGGUGACUUGGCACGCAACUUUUCGGUGCAAAGCAUAGCAUUGGAUCUCGCAGCACCGAACGCUGCGCAGGCCCUGCAGAAUUUGACAAAGGUGAGACUGUCGGGGAAAAAAUUGCACUGCUGUAGGCUGAUACGUCGUCGCGUGCUGUCCAGGAUUUGCCAGUGACGCUGCUCAUCUUGAACGCCGGAACCGCGGUUGCAGGCCCAUUUGAAGAUCAAGAUUGGGCACGAACGCGCACUGUGCGUUCUUGGCCGCCUUUGCGCGCGUUAAGCGUUCCCCGACACCGCUAACGUUCUACUCUUCCCCGCAGAUGAACGACCUAAAUGUCGUUGGUCUGACAGAGGUCAUUCAAACCUUUUUACCGCGAUUGAAGAAGGAGGCGCGCGUCCGAGCGGCUUACAACUCGCGCCAAAGUCCCGUCGGCCUCGUCACUCUUUCGAGCAUUGCUGGUGCGUCGAGCGCGCGGAUGCAAUGACACACUGGCCCACGCUGCUGACGUUGGGCGCUCCUCAGGUCUGAUGCCGGUCCCCGCCAUGGCUGCAUACGCUGCUGGCAAAGCAUACGUCUUGUCCCUAACGGAAUCCAUCCACCACGAGCAGCGUGUUCAAGGGACGGAAGUGCACGUCACUUGCGUACUACCCGGUCCGACUAGAUCUGCGCUUUGGUCUUUGGUACGUCUAUGCCUGGUCUGCUCUCCGCACUUGUCACUGGGACUGAAAUACGCUGCGAAAACUGAAUGACAGGACGGUGGAAGACCUUCCAAAGUGCUUGUUCCUUGGACAUCUGCACAGUCAGUCGCUCGCGCGGGAAUUGACGGUUUCAUGAGCAACACCGCAGUCGUCAUUCCAGGCGUGCACAACAACAUUACAGCGUAUAGUUUGCGACUGGCCCCAAAGUGGCUCAUUCGCCGCAUUUCGUCCCUCGCCAUGAAUCAAUGGCCAGACCAGAGCAAGACCGUAAAAAGUACAAGGGAGCAUCGCUGGUCUUCGAACCACUCGGCAACACGCCCGACCAUUUCUGUCCUGGCUGCCGCUGUCAUGGCUGCGUUGCUCUUCCUGCAUGGCUUUCCUAGUCUGCUUUCUAGCCCAUCCAGCCCGUACAGAUGGAUUUAUCGCCGAAUCGGUUGGAUGGGCCAGGAGUCCACCAGCUUCCCAUUCUUGCUGACGUUUCGAGAAGCCGUGAGUGACUGUGGUUGCGCCGUGGCAGGCAGCGGCAGCUAAAGGCGUCAAUCUCGCGUUGCGUGGCAGGAUGACCGCCUCUUCUUGGAGGAUCGCGUCCAAAAUCAGCCAACAUAUUAUCGUUGGGGGCAUGCGAUUCCAGCAUUCAUCUGGACGUGCUGUGUACCCUUGCAACACUCUCCCCGGAUCCGUGCUCGCUUUCCAAGCUUUCAUAAAAUGAACGGAUACGUCGUCUUUUCGAUUUCCGCUUUGCUAAUGACUACCGGCCUCGGAUUUUUGGUGCGGGGCACUUCCCACUCCGAAAAGGGCCUGCUGACCGUGCACCACGUUCCUGGACAUCCAUGGCUCAUCUAUCCGACCUUCGAUCAGGAUCUGCUGCUAGUCACCGCCCUGCAAGCUCCGACUUUGUUGCUCAGUCUACAAGCGGCUCGAAGGCGCGAAUUUGCUAGACACCAGUACUGGGCUACCAUGUUCACCAUCGCGUCUUACAUUAUUCAUCUCGACCGACUCGGCUUCACCCUCAUCUUUCUCAUCGGUGGCAUGCUCCAGCACCUGCCGUUGAGCAUUCAAGCGCGUCUACCCGAGUCUAUCGAAGACAAGAUGAGGUACGAGCUCAUGGCUUUUUCCCUCUCCGCGCUGCUCGGAGGCAUCAUUGGGCUAGCUUGGGCAUUCAAAGCGCAUCGAAGCUUGACUGCGAAGCACGGCUCAUGA